GGAAGGAAAAGGAAAGAAAAGACACUAGAGGAAAAGCAUUCAGCCAAUCCAGGUGAAAGAUACAGGAAAAAAGAAACACGGACCAUGUCGGGAAUACAGGCAAUUCUGAUUACUUUGCUGCUGUGCCUCCUGAUUCUGUUCCUUUGGAAACAACUCCGUCCGCACAGAUCCUACCCUCCUCAGCCUCCUCAGGUUCCUGUCAUCGAAAUCCUUUGGAAAUUAGUAUACAACCUUUCCAAAGAUACUCUCAUUAAGCUCGCCGAAAAAUAUGGAAACAUUUACAUGCUGUGGAUGGGACCUGAAUCUGCAUUUGUCCUGUCUGGAUAUGAAGCAGUGAAAGAAGGGCUGAUAAACCAUGAAGAUGACUUUGCUGAUCGGCCGGUGACCCCUUUCAUGAAAGCUAUAGGAAAAGAACAGGGUAUCAUAUUGUCAAAUGGCCACACGUGGAAGCAGCAGAGGAAGUUCGGGCUAGCCACCAUGCGGAAGCUGGGACUGGGGAAGAAAGGCGUGGAGCACCAAAUAGAAGAGGAGGCCCAUCAGCUUGUUGAGACUUUUGCACGUGCAAAAGGGCAUCCAUUUGACUCUUCAGUGCCCAUCACUAUUUCCGUCUCCAAUGUGAUCUGUCCUGUGGCUUUUGGCCUUCGGUUUUGGGCUGAAGAUAAAGAAUUCCUCAAGAUGGUGGAAGCCAUUGAGUGUAUCUCAAAAUUUCCAGCUACCAUCUAUCAAAAUUUUUAUGACACUUUCCCAUGGCUCAUGAAAUAUCUCCCGGGGCCUCACAGGAAGGCACUUGCCUCCAGCGAUGUUAUACAUUCUUUUGCAAGGAAGGAGAUCGAAAAGCAUAAGGAGAAUCCGGCAGUCCACGAGCCACAAGAUUUCAUUGAUUUCUAUCUAUAUCAGAUUGAAAAAAGCAGAAAGGACCCCGACUCUACUUACAAUGAAGACAAUCUGACUCAGUGUAUUUUUGACCUCUUCGUCGCAGGAACGGAAACAACAGCCUUGACAUUGCGAUGGGCAUUGCUCCUCAUGGCAAAGCACCCAGAUAUCCAAGAGAAAGUCCAUAAGGAGAUGGAAGAUGUUUUGGGUUCCUCUCAACCUUUCAGCUAUCAAGAUUGGAAGAAGCUGCCAUAUACCAGUGCUGUGAUUCAUGAGAUCAUUCGUUCGCAAUAUAUCUUAUUAUUUGGCAUCCCCAGACAAUGUACAAAGGAUGUGAACAUAUUGGGUUUUCUCAUUCCAAAGGAGGCCCAGAUAUUCCCAGAUCUACGCUCUGCUCUUCUUGAUCCUAAGCAAUGGGAGAAACCUCAGGAGUUCAACCCCAAUCAUUUUUUGGACCAGGAUGGAAGUUUUGUAGAAAAAGAAGCAUUUCUUCCAUUUGGUGCAGGGGCCCGUGUCUGUCUGGGAGAGCAGCUGGCGAGAAUUGAGAUUUUCAUCUUCUUCACCACCCUGCUGCGGGCAUUCACCUUCCAACUGCCAGAAGGAGUAAAGGCGCUCAGCACAGAGCCUAUCCUUGGGGUAUCACUGUCUCCCCAACCGUAUAAACUCUGUGCUGUUCCCCGCUGCAGUGCAUCAUAAACUACACAGAACGUAGCUCAUUUGUUACUGCCAAUUUCUCCAGACAGAACUCUGAUGUUCCUAAUGGUUCACCUAUUAGUAUUACAUGGCAAAUGUAUCAGGAUAUGUGGUUAAUACAGAAGAGGCCAGUCGUAGGAGUGUGAUAUUGCACACAGUAAAAUAAAUCUCUCGGGAAGUAUUGCCAAAGUAAAACUUAUUUCAAUUAGAUUCUGUUCACAUUCAGGUAUUUAUUUUUAUUUAUGCUUUGGAUUUAUAUCCCGCCCUCACCGAAGGGUCAGGGCGAAACCCACCUCGGAAGAGAAAUUCCCCUCAGCGUUGCAUGCCGCUUUCACUUUCUUUGAUCAUCGGGU